UGUGUCACUGGGGCACGAGGCGCCUCCCGUUUUCUGCCGCGUGCGAACACGGCGGCCCCCGUACAUCAUCAUCGUCAUCAUCAUCCUCGUCCGCUGUUUGAAAAAAGUAGAGCCAGAAGCUGGGAGCGCGUGCAGCAGCUGACAGGCUCCUCGUGCGACGGACGCCAACCUGACUUCUUCUGUGGUGUUUCUGAUGUUCUACUGUAACGAUGCAUCCAGUGUACGGGACUUUUAACGUGCAGUCGCGUGCGUGACUCUACCCGGAGCUCGGGAUGACGACGGCCAUGGACACAAACAACAUCUCAGGAGGUGUGAUCUCUAUGCGGGCUCCUGUGGAGGGUCUCCGUCCAGAACCAGCCCGGUGUCCAUAUACAGUGAGAACUCCAACUCCCAGCCUUGCUUUGCUUCCUCCUCAUCAACUCACCCUUCCUCAGCAGCAAACUCCAGCUCAGGCUCUGCAGGAGACGACGCCUCCUCCCUCAGCCUCCUCCUCAGCAGGAGGUUCUCCUCGAGGCCGGGACGACGGCGCUCUGAGUGCAUCACCCAGCAAGUCGGUGGCCAGUCUGACCAAGCUCAACGGCAUGGUGCUGCUCUGCAAGGUCUGCGGCGACGUCGCCUCAGGCUUCCACUACGGAGUUCACGCCUGCGAAGGCUGUAAGGGCUUCUUCCGUCGCAGCAUCCAGCAGAACAUCCAGUACAAGAAGUGUCUGAAGAGCAACAGCUGCACCAUGAGGAUCAACAGGAACCGAUGCCAGCAGUGUCGCUAGAAGUGCCUGUCAGUGGGCAUGAGCCGGGACGCUGUGCGUUUCGGCCGGAUCCCGAAGCGUGAGAAGCAGCGGAUGCUGGCGGAGAUGCAGAGCGCCAUGAACAACAUGGUCAACAACCAGCUGCAGAGCGACUUCCAGCUCGCCAGCCUGUCCUCUUCGUCCCCUUCCUCCUCUUCCUCUCCAUGUCCCCGGGGCUGCCUCUUCCUCACCCCCUACUCUUCCUCUGUUGUGUCAGAGCCCCUCCCCCUCUUCCUCCCCACCCCCCAGCCCAGAGAUGGACUCCACCCAUUAUUGCCAUCGCCCGUGCUCACCGUGAGACCUUCCUGUAACGCUCAUGACAAGCUGGCCAAUCCCCACUACGCACACCUCAGCUGCAGCAGAAUAACCACGCCCACCACCACAGGGAGGCGGAGCUUUGGGGAAACCGCUGCUCCAACGGCUUGUCCAAUGAACAUGCAUCCUCACGCAGACCUCUCAAAGACCCCCCAGGAGAUCUGGGAGGACUUCUCCUUGUCUUUCACACCCCUGCUUGUCAAAGAGGGGGUGGAGUUUGCCAAACAUAUUCCAGGAUUCAGCGCUUUGUCCCAGAACGACCAGGUCACCCUGCUGAAGGGAACCUUCGAGGUGCUGAUGGUGCGCUUCUCCUCACUGUUUAAUGUGAAGGAAAAAACCGUGACGUUUGUCUCUGGCGCCACCUACAGCCUGGAGGAGCUUCGGGCGAUGGGGAUGAACGAGUUGCUGGGAGCCAUGUUUGACUUCAGCCACAAACUGGCUGUACUGGAUCUGAACGCAGAGGAACGACUGUUCACUGCUGUGGUGCUGGUGUCAGCAGACCGAUCCGGGAUCGAGAACGUGGCCUCGGUGGAGCAGCUUCAGGAGAACCUGAUCAGGGCGCUGCGCUCCCUGGUCAACAAGGCGGCCGUCGCCCCCGACAACAACCAUCACAACAUGGACUCGCCACGCUUCACCAAGCUGCUGCUGAGGCUGCCUGACCUGCGCACGCUCAACAACCUGCAUUCCGAGAAGCUGCUGUCCUUCCGCAUCGACGCUUGAUGUGUUCAUGUCAUCAGCAGAACUUUUUAACUUUAACCGCUUGAAAACUGUUUUCACUUCCUGUGGAGACUGUAGUCUCUGAUCGUCCUCCAGGUCCAACUUCCUGUCGGAGAGACACGAACCGGAGGACGCUCCAUCCAUGGUGCCGACCGGAUGGACCCAGCAGAACCUAACGGUCCUGCAGAGGACUUUCACUGCAGCAGCAAUCCAGAUCUUUCCAAAGCUGAACUGUGUUCCCUGUUUUUCUCCGGGAACUGAAGGUGGUUCUGGUUCUGGUCAUGGUCCUUGUCCAGAAGGUCCAGUUUUCUUAAAGCUUCGUCUGCAUUAACAAACAUUUCCAGGUGGGUCUGACUGAGCUCCGCGAGGACCAGAACCAGAACCAGGUCUGACUGAGCUCUGCGGGGACCAGAACCAGGUGCGACUGAGCUCUGCAGGGACCAGAACAAGGUCUGACUGAGCUCUACAGGGACCAGAACCAGAACCAGGUCUGACUGAACUCUGCGGGGACCAGAACCAGGUCUGACUGAACUCUGGGUGACCAGACCUGGGUGAAACUGAACCUCUUCCACCUCCCAAGUUCUUCAGGAGGACCAAGAACAUCCGGAACUUCCAAACGGGCCCAGUGAUGAGAUGCUGAGGCUGACGGGCGCAGCAUCCAGGGACCAAUGAGAUGCAGGAGGCGGGGCCUCAGGCUGCAGUUGUUUGUAAACAUGUAAAAACUCAAACAUCCAGAUUUCCUUGAAGCGGCUCUGAGAUGUUUUCACCCGGAGAAGCAGAUGGUCCCAGAGUCAUCUGUUCGUCUUUAAUCUGUGCUGCAAAGUCGUGAGAUGUAAAUAUAAACAUGUAAAUAUAAACAUGUAAAUAUAAACACAUUGAAGGACUUGUCUGUCUGUUGCUCUGAUUCCGUUUAACGUCAGCGUGGUCAGUCCCAGCUCUGGGACGUCAGUCUGUCCACAUAGUAAAACUGUUGUGGAUCAAUAACAGCUGCUGUACAGAAGAACCGAGUGCAGCUGGAAAUGAGUCCGUUAUCAAGACAAGCUCAAAUAGGACUGGUCCUGCAGGUGGAGGUCCCUGUCCCGGUCUUCAGGCUGGGUUCUGCUAACGUUAGCAUGUAGCCAGUGUCUGCGCCACCAGAGGGAACAUGAGGCGGGUCAUGAGGGAGGAUCAGUGCCGCCGUGGAGGGGGCGUAGGAGGCCAAGAACCCAGCAGCAGGACCAGGAGUGAGUCAGCAUCGAUGCUGUAGCCUGGCCUGCCAGCUCACCAGACCUCAGGCCAGGAUGAGGUGUAU